CCGCGCGCCCCUCCCCCUGCGGCCGCGCGCCGCCGACCGCGUGUGCGACGGGGUCCCCUCCGCGCCGACCGGCCUCGUGCGCUCGGGCCCGCACGCCGUUGUUCGCGUCUCCCCCACCCAGCUCCCUUCCGCGUGUGCUCGGAGGGCGCGGCGCACCGCCUACGCAGGCCGGAGCGGCUUCCCCUUCCCUCACGUGCUCUCGGUCCGCGGCCUGCGCACACACCCAUCCUGGGGCCCGCGCCCCGGGCCUGCCCUGGAGCGCCCCGCGCUUCAGACUCACCCACGUGUGCGGCGGCGGCGGCGACUGCUUGGCCCCGGCGCGGCCCCGCACCCGGGCGGUGGAGAGAAAGGGCUGUCAGGUGGCCGCGGCGGCCGGCGUGCGAGGGACCGGAUGCCCAAGCCGGGCGGAUUUGGAAAAGGAUAGCUGGAAUGACACCAAGGAAGAUGUAUUUGUACACCAGACUGCCAUAAAGAAGAAUAACCCCAGGAAGUACCUUCGCAGUGUAGGAGAUGGAGAGACUGUGGAGUUUGAUGUUGUUGAAGGAGAAAAGGGUGCGGAGGCAGCAAAUGUUACAGGUCCUGGUGGUGUUCCAGUUCAAGGCAGUAAAUAUGCAGCAGACCGUAACCAUUAUAGACGCUAUCCACGUCGUAGGGGUCCUCCACGCAAUUACCAGCAAAAUUACCAGAAUAGUGAGAGUGGGGAAAAGAACGAGGGAUCGGAGAGUGCUCCCGAAGGCCAGGCCCAACAACGCCGGCCCUACCGCAGGCGAAGGUUCCCACCUUACUACAUGCGGAGACCCUAUGGGCGUCGACCACAGUAUUCCAACCCUCCUGUGCAGGGAGAAGUGAUGGAGGGUGCUGACAACCAGGGUGCAGGAGAACAAGGUAGACCAGUGAGGCAGAAUAUGUAUCGGGGAUAUAGACCACGAUUCCGCAGGGGCCCUCCUCGCCAAAGACAGCCUAGAGAGGACGGCAAUGAAGAAGAUAAAGAAAAUCAAGGAGAUGAGACCCAAGGUCAGCAGCCACCUCAACGUCGGUACCGCCGCAACUUCAAUUACCGACGCAGACGCCCAGAAAACCCUAAACCACAAGAUGGCAAAGAGACAAAAGCAGCCGAUCCACCAGCUGAGAAUUCGUCCGCUCCCGAGGCUGAGCAGGGCGGGGCUGAGUAAAUGCCGGCUUACCAUCUCUACCAUCAUCCGGUUUAGUCAUCCAACAAGAAGAAAUAUGAAAUUCCAGCAAUAAGAAAUGAACAAAAGAUUGGAGCUGAAGACCUUAAGUGCUUGCUUUUUGCCCGUUGACCAGAUAAAUAGAACUAUCUGCAUUAUCUAUGCAGCAUGGGGUUUUUAUUAUUUUUACCUAAAGACGUCUCUUUUUGGUAAUAACAAACGUGUUUUUUAAAAAAGCCUGGUUUUUCUCAAUACGCCUUUAAAGGUUUUUAAAUUGUUUCAUAUCUGGUCAAGUUGAGAUUUUUAAGAACUUCAUUUUUAAUUUGUAAUAAAAGUUUACAACUUGAUUUUUUCAAAAAAGUCAACAAACUGCAAGCACCUGUUAAUAAAGGUCUUAAAUAAU